AUGGAUUUUGCCAACGAGUCUUCUUUCAUGAACAACGGCAACCACCAUUCGCCAAUCAUCAAUUACAGGAAAGAUGCCAAAAAGGGUGUCAAGUUCACCUUUAUGGUGGUUGGAGAACUGGGAACCGGGAAAACCACGUUUAUCAACAGUUUAUUGGACAAGAAGGUUAUGAGACAUAGAUAUGAAACAGAUUAUAGUAGUAGUAACAAAUCACUGGACCCAUCUUCAGAGGCUACUAAAGUUUUGAGUUUCACCUCUGCCAAAUCCGUCGCGUUACCCAAUACUUCAAUGUUGACCAGAAAUGCAUUUAAUCCAUCAACAAUUGACGAGGAGCCUGGUAUUGCAUUGACAGAGACCAAGGUGGAAAUUGUUGACGACGAGAAUUUGAAAAUCAUGCUCACUAUAAUUGAUACCCCGGGCUUUGGAGAGAAUCUAAAUAAUGAAUUGUGCUUUGUUGAGAUUGAGAAUUAUUUGAAACAGCAGUUUGACUUGGUAUUGGCCGAAGAGACUAGAAUCAAGAGAAAUCCCAGAUUCACCGAUACUAGAGUCCAUGUUAUGCUUUAUUUCAUAACACCAACUGGCCAUGGCUUAAGAGAGAUUGAUGUCCAAUGUAUGAAGCGUUUGUCCAAGUAUGUCAACAUAAUUCCAGUUAUUGGCAAAGCAGACUCUUUCACAGCAGAAGAGUUGCAGUUUUUCAAACAUCAAAUCAGAAUAGACAUUGAGAAAUUCAACGUGCCUAUUUUCCAGUUUGAUAGUUUCUUGAAUGACUACGAUGAGGACGAGGAUUACGAUUUGAUCCAGGAGUGUAAAUUCUUAUCAAACUUGCAACCGUUUGCCGUGGUUACUUCUGAGGACAGUUUUGAAGUUAAGGACACCACAACUGGUGAGACGAAAAUCAUCAGGGCAAGAAGAUACCCAUGGGGAUUAGUCAAUAUCGAAGACACAAGAAUCAGCGAUUUUACAAUUUUGAGAUCGGUACUUUUAGGUUCUCAUUUGCAAGAUUUGAAAGAUCUUACACACGAUUUCUUAUACGAAACUUAUAGAACUGAGAGAUUGACUAAGGUCACUGGUGGAAAUACCGGUUUGGACGAAGAUGAGUAUGAGGAUAGCGAAUUUCACGAUACUGUUGAGCAUCAUCCCCAAAAUCAAGACGAAAGGGGGUUCAAUAAUUCAGAUAUACCUUCUAUGUCUAACUUGGCACAGUUGACAAAUGCUGCAUCGGAGUUGAGACAAAACAGCAAUGGUCAUAAUCAUCAUUACAAUAAUAAUCAUAAUAAUACUUCUCACCACACAAGUAAUGAUAAUGAAUCGGUCACUUCGUCAAGUUCUUCGGUGAAAAAAUCUUCGUCGAUGUUAUUAGAGGAUAAUGCCUCGGCAUCUUCAUCGCCACAAUUGAGAAACUACACCAACUACACUGGUAGUACCUCGACGCUUUCAACUGAAGACAGGGCGCCUAACAAUAAUGCGUUUAAGAGGUUGUCGAUUGGACCACAACGUAACCAGUUGCGUCAAAUUUCGGAAACAGUGCCUUAUGUUUUGAGACACGAGAGAAUCUUGGAGAGACAACAAAAGUUGGAAGAGAUGGAAAUGGCGAGUGCCAAGGAGCUAGCCACGAGGGCAGCAUUAUUGGAGAAGAAAGCGCAAGAGUUGAAACAAAAGGAGAGGGAAUUGAUCAGACAACUAGAGUUGGCAAAGCAAAACAGUAUAAGUAAACUGUCUCAUGCUUCCGAUCUAGAAUCGAGGGAUAGAGGAAGUGAAAACGUUGAGGUUUUUGAUGCUGAAUACGAUGAGCAUGGUCAAGCUGGCCAUCACAUACCAAAAGACGAGACAUUGACAAACCUACACGAUGCGGUUGCCAAUGAAGGGCAAUUGUAG